AGGCCGAGCCGAAGCUGGCUGGGGCGCUGCACGCCGUGGGUUACGGCUCUGCGGUGCGGGUGACCGCCGGAGGCCCGCCUCGGGGUUGCGGGGUGCGUCCGGAGGGAGCUGGGCGGCGGGAUGAUGGAGGAGGAGGAACUGGAGUUCGUGGAGGAGCUGGAAGCGGUGCUGCAGCUCACGCCCGACGUGCAGCUCGCCAUCGAGCAGGUAUUUCCAAGCCAGGAUCCUCUAGAUCGAGCAGAUUUCAAUGCUGUGGAGUAUAUCAAUACCCUGUUCCCCACGGAGCAAUCUCUGGCAAACAUAGACGAAGUUGUGAACAAGAUUAGACUGAAAAUAAGGAGACUAGAUGACAAUAUUCGAACUGUUGUAAGAGGUCAAACAAAUGUGGGACAAGAUGGCAGGCAAAUUGCAGUAACUGAAACCAUGGAAAGCAAAACUGCACUUGAAGAGGCCCAGAAAGCGAUUCAGCAACUCUUCGGCAAAAUCAAAGAUAUCAAAGACAAAGCAGAAAAAUCAGAGCAAAUGGUUAAAGAAAUCACCCGUGAUAUUAAGCAGUUAGAUCAUGCCAAACGCCACCUGACCACCUCAAUCACAACGCUGAACCACCUGCACAUGUUGGCAGGCGGCGUCGAUUCCCUCGAAGCCAUGACCAGGCGAAGGCAGUAUGGAGAAGUUGCUAAUCUUCUUCAGGGUGUGAUGAACGUUCUAGAGCACUUCCACAAAUACAUGGGAAUUCCACAGAUCCGGCAGCUUUCUGAAAGAGUGAAGGCUGCCCAGACUGAGUUAGGACAGCAGAUCCUGGCUGAUUUUGAAGAAGCGUUUCCUUCCCAGGGUACCAAGAGGCCAGGAGGACCCAGCAAUGUCCUACGAGAUGCAUGUCUGAUUGCUAAUAUUUUGGACCCCCGAAUCAAACAGGAAAUCAUUAAAAAGUUUAUUAAACAGCAUUUGUCAGAGUAUCUAGUCCUUUUUCAAGAAAACCAAGAUGUUGCCUGGCUGGACAAAAUCGACAGACGCUAUGCCUGGAUAAAACGCCAGCUUGUGGACUAUGAGGAGAAGUUCGGCCGAAUGUUUCCACGUGAGUGGUACAUGACCGAGAGGAUUGCAGUAGAAUUUUGCCACGUCACAAGGACAGAACUUGCCAAGAUUAUGCGGACCAGAGCUAAGGAAAUUGAAGUGAAAUUGCUUCUUUUUGCUAUUCAGAGAACAACUAACUUUGAGGGAUUUCUUGCAAAACGCUUCUCUGGCUGCACUCUGACAGAUGGUGCUCUGAAAAAACUCGAAUCUCCACCCCCAUCUACCAAUCCCUUCCUGGAAGAUGAGUCAACACCAGAGAUGGAGGAACUGGCAAUGGAGAAAGGAGAUUUAGAUCAACCAAAGAAGCCUAAAGCCCCAGAUAAUCCAUUUCAUGGCAUUGUUUCCAAGUGUUUUGAGCCUCAUCUCUACGUGUAUAUUGAGUCCCAGGACAAAAACCUCGGGGAGCUGAUAGAUCGGUUUGUGGCGGAUUUCAAAGCCCAGGGGCCACCUAAGCCCAGCACUGACGAAGGGGGGGCCGUGCUCCCCAGCUGUGCUGACCUCUUCGUGUACUACAAGAAGUGCAUGGUGCAGUGCUCUCAGCUCAGCACCGGGGAGCCGAUGAUCGCUCUGACCACCAUUUUCCAGAAGUACCUCCGAGAGUACGCCUGGAAAAUCCUCUCUGGCAACCUGCCCAAAACCACAAGCAGCAGUGGAGGGCUGACCAUCAGCAGCCUCCUCAAGGAAAAGGAGGGCUCCGAAGCAGCCAAGUUCACUCUGGAGGAGCUCUGCCUCAUCUGCAGCAUCCUGAGCACAGCAGAGUACUGUCUGGCCACUACGCAGCAGCUGGAAGAAAAACUCAAAGAAAAAGUUGAUGUAAGUCUGACGGAACGAAUCAAUCUGACUGGAGAAAUGGACACAUUCAGCACUGUCAUCUCCAACAGCAUCCAGUUGUUGGUUCAGGACCUGGAUGCCGCCUGUGACCCGGCCCUGACUGCCAUGAGCAAGAUGCAGUGGCAGAACGUGGAGCACGUUGGUGACCAGAGCCCCUAUGUCACCUCUGUCAUUCUUCACAUUAAGCAGAACGUGCCCAUCAUCCGUGACAACCUGGCUUCAACACGGAAAUACUUCACUCAGUUCUGCAUUAAAUUUGCAAACUCCUUCAUUCCCAAGUUCAUCACCCACCUCUUCAAGUGCAAGCCAAUUAGCAUGGUGGGAGCAGAACAGCUGCUGCUGGACACCCAUUCCCUGAAGAUGGUCCUGCUCGAUCUACCUUCCAUUGGCUCCCAGGUGGUGAGGAAAGCACCUGCCAGUUACACUAAGAUUGUUGUGAAAGGCAUGACCCGGGCGGAGAUGAUCCUCAAGGUGGUGAUGGCCCCUCAUGAGCCCUCAGUGGUGUUUGUUGACAACUACAUCAAACUCCUUACAGACUGCAGCACAGAAACCUUCCAGAAGAUACUGGACAUGAAGGGGCUGAAGAGGAGCGAGCAGAGCAGCAUGCUGGAACUCUUCCGCCAGAGGCUCCCCACCCCGCCCGCAGGGCCCGAAGCCUCCAGCUCACUGUCCCUGCUGGCUCCCACACCGGAACAGGAAUCCUCUCGCAUCCGCAAACUGGAGAAACUAAUUAAAAAGAGACUGUAGGAGCGCCGGCCAGUGAGCCUCAGCACCCGGCUCCCGGAAGCCCCACCUCUCCUGGGCGCAGCCUGACUCUCAGCUGUCCAUCUUGAAACUUCCUGGGACAUUUGGGUUGCUAGUGUGUGUCUCCCAAGCCCUGUCCCCCUCCUGUCCUAAUCGGAGAAGCCCCGUCAGGGCCCGGUUAGCAGAAGGCAGUCUCGGUGGCCUCGGCCCUGCGGCAGAGGCGGGCUGGGUGAGCGGCCCUGCUUCGCUGUUGUUUCUGGGCCGUUCUCACUGGUCCGUUGUCACGGACUCCGUAGCCUCCCUCCCUCUGCAGCCACACCCUUGGGCAAGGGGCCCUCUUCCCCACGUGCGCCCGUCCAGGCAGCUUCGGUGACAGAGCCUGGAUCUCCGCCUUCCUCCGGCUGCCGCUGUCUGAGGGUGGCUCUGGGCCCGAGUUAAUGAAGUGGCGGGUGCAGGGGUAGGACCCCGGCCUUCCUUUGUGAAGGAAAUGGAAGCAGGACUGCUGUUCCGUGUGAAUCCCGGUUCGGGUACAUACUUUGCUUCUGGUACUUUUCGACUUGGCCAAGUUCUCCCUGUAUUCUCAUUUCUCACUCAUCUCCAAUUGGCUCUCUGUGUGCAUCCGAGAAGGCUUCCCUGUGUCUCAGCCAGGACUGCAUGCGGGCAGACCCAUGUCUGAUGGCAGAGAGUGCCAAGCUGGGCGCACUCACUGCUGGACAGGAGGCUAUUGUCUCCAUUGCUUUAUUCCCACUCUGCGCCUGACUUCGAGGGGAGGGGUUGCCUUUUUCCUAGAAAAAUGUCCUAGGCUUGCUCCUUAGAUGAAGCUCUGGGGCAGCCCAGGAGGCCUAAUUCCCUUCCUACCCCUCCAUGUUCAAAUCCAAAGUGCUCCGCAGGAUCAUCUGAAAACAGCAGGGGCGAUGUGCGGGGCCAGAGUGACCUAUUACCUUAUUACCAACGGCAAGAACCCAGGUCCUGAGGAGCGGAACGCUGACCUUAAACACCACCUCAGAACCUGGCAGGGCCCAGAACGCACCCUGACCCCGGCCCUUCCGUCCUGCCCUCCACGGGCUCCGGGCCAGCGCAGCUUUGCAGGCAAGAAUCGUUUCAGCCCGCCCGUCACCCCGUGUCAGGAGGACGGGUAACGGAGUUGCCCAGGUUCACCUGGUUCCCUGGAAACCAAGCCUCUGUCAGCUGUGACCAUGGCCUCAGAGACCCGCAGUCUCAGCGUUUGUUCAGGAAUUUUGAACGAGGUGUUGGCAGGUAGGGCGAGAGCGAAGGAGGACGGUGGAGCUUCUUACAAAGAAUGCCCACAUCGGGCCCCCGGAUAAAACUGGGAUAGCAAAUAGCACUCAGGACAGAGGAAGUUGCCUAAAAAUUCAUGAAACUGCCGGGCUGGCUUGGCUCGGUGGUUGAGCUUCGACCUAUGAACCAGGAGGUCACGGUUCGAUUCCCAGUCAGGGCACAUGCCCGGAUUGUGGGUUUGAUCCCCAGUGGGGGGCGUGCAAGAGGCAGCCAGUCAAUGAUUCUCUCUCAUUGUUGAUGUUUCUCUCUCCCUUCCUCUCUGAAGUCCAUUUCUUAAAAAAAAAUUCAUAAAACUUGUGACAGCCAUCCAGUAAGAAACAUCAAGGUUUGAAAAUGUGACCAGAACCUGACUACGUCUCCCCUUCUGUCUUCCCACUGUAACCACUGCACCUGCCCCUGCCCCUCCAUCAGCCUCUCGCCCAGACUCAGCCUGUGGCCAGCUUUCGGCCUGUGCCUCGUUUCUUCAUCCGCUUCCAGCUGUUGUGCUCGUGCGUCUUCCUGUAUUGAGCCUCUCAGACUCGAGAACACCGAGAAGAAAGUAAGUGAUGGAAGAAAGAGGCGUGGCCUCCGCCGAGCGCCACUAGGAAAGGAUGGCUAGAUAGGAACAGUGCAGGCAGGCGGGGCGGGGAUGGGGCGAGCCCCGCAGCCCAGUGGGUGGGUCUCGCUGGGCCCCUCGCCCUGGUGAGGUUACACAGCCGGCACUAACGGGGGUCACCGUCUCUGCCCGCUUGUGCAGGGAGGGGCACAGCAGUCACGCCAGCCGUCUGUCAUCGGCCUGGGAAGCCAGGGAGCUGUGCACCUGGUUCUUGUCACGCUCGGUGUUUGCAGACCCGCACUUCCGGUUGGUUCGUUCACGGGGAGUCAUUUUCUGGAUGUCUCCGUAAUGGCGUUGAGAUGUCAAGCCCUGUGUUUGCCGGUUGGUGGUCACAGCCGGGGAAGUUGCUUUUUGAUUUAUUGCACUGUCGGUAAUCUCCAGGGAGUCCGGAUGUCUGCAGGAGUGUGUGGGAAACGUCUCGUCGAUGGGGUCUGAGUGCUCGUGUGCAUCCUGUGAGGACGGAGCACGUUUCUCAGCUGAGGGAAUGCACCCCAGUCCCUGGGGCUCGAGUUACAAAUACAGACGCCGGGAGGUUCUCGAUGAGUAACCGGAGGGGCCCCGGUGUAAGCAGCACUGCAAUAGAGAGACGCUUGCUUUAUUGAACGGUUCCUGCGGCGCAUUUUCAUAAACGUGUAAUUUUCCUGGCUCUCCAGGCAAGUGAAAUUCCUGUGCAAUUGCCCUGGUGCCGACAAGGUGAAGACCCUUAGCUGACGCCAGUAGGUUUCAUUUAAACUAGUGUUGGCAGGAGGGACCAUGCCAGAAGCUGUGCUGGCCCCAUCCUGGUGAGGAUUCUUCCUGUUUUGAUGAGCCAACCCCGAAAGAAAGUUUAUUUAUUACUGUCUCUUCCGAAUAACACAUAAGGGAGCUGACACUGGUAAAACGGUAGCUAACAACUGUUAUUAAGCUAAACGUAGAUACUGUUCGUUCCUCUGACUCUGUAGCCCCUUAAAAAAAAAACCUUGACGUCACUGUAUGUGGUGAGAAUAAAUACUAGUAAUUGGUCACUGAUAAAGAGUUCGCUGCUGUGCUUAUUCUGGACAGAAUUCCUGGGGGCUGGCUGAGCGAGGCCCAGGCUAGAGAAAGUUCUGUUUGGUCGUCGCAGGGAACCACAAAGGGCGGUUUUUCCCCAAACUCGGCUGUGGCAUUGAGGCUGACUACCAGCACUGCUCUCUCUCUCGACAAGCAGAGAACCAAUCCUAGGACCUGCCCGCCACCCCUUUCCUGUGCCAGUGUCCCGUCUCCCACGCCAAGGAUGACUCCUCAGCCUAACCAAACGGACUGAGCACUGCCAGCGGCCACGGCGACAGUUCCCGGGCAGACAGGGCGAGCGACAGGUCUGAGGCUACAGCCCGGUGCCAGGGGUGCGAGGGAGGUUACACCGGCUCAUCCUGAGCUGCCGUCGGGCAAGGAAAAUUAGUUCCCUGUUUAUGGAACGUUCGGGGAAAAUGCCCAAAGCUCACAGCUGGAAGUGCAAUCCCCCUCCCUGGGAGGAGAAAUCAAAGUGACGAGCCUGCUUGAGGGUGAAAGCAAGUGUUUCACACUUCCUGUCUGCUCCCAGUGCGAUCGCUAAAAAUAAAAGCAGCGCUGCAUCGGGCCACUUCAGUCAGCGAGGCCUUGGAGCCUGGGCACAUGCAAAGCUGGCAUGCAGAGUCCUGCUG